GCAGGAAAAUGGCAGACGACAAGGUCGAGAAUGUAGCGCCCGACGAGUCAGGGGUUAAAAUUUGGCCUGGCCUGAGAGGGCGGAAAGGAGCCCUCAAGAAAAAGAACGUAUUCGUCAUCAAAAACCACAAAUUCAUCGCCCGUUUCUUCAAACAACCCACGUUUUGUAGUCACUGUAAGGACUUCAUCUGGGGGUUCGGGAAGCAGGGCUACCAAUGUCAAAUCUGUAGUUUUGUGGUUCACAAAAGGUGCCAUGCAUUCGUGACCUUUAAGUGUCCAGGGGCAGACAAGGGAGUGGACACCGAUGACGUUCGGACAAAACACAAGUUUCUAGUACACACCUACACAAGUCCCACCUUUUGUGAUCACUGUGGCUCCCUCCUGUAUGGAAUCAUCCAUCAGGGUUUGAAAUGUAAAGCCUGUGACAUGAAUGUCCACAAGCGAUGUCGAGAAAGUGUACCCAACUUGUGUGGCUGUGACUAUACUGAGAGAAGAGGCCGAAUUCAGUUGAAAGUGACCGCUAACCCAGCUCUACUGACCGUCGAGGUCCAACAAGCUCAAAAUUUGAUUCCGAUGGAUCCAAACGGAUCAUCAGAUCCAUACGUGAAGGUGAAACUGAUUCCGGAGAGCAGAGACUCAACCAAAAAGAAGACCAAGACAAUCAGGUCCUGCCUAAAUCCCCAAUGGAUGGAAACUAUCACAAUUGAUUUACACUCCGAGGACAAGGACAGGAGGGUGCUAAUAGAAGUAUGGGACUGGGACAGAACAUCCAGAAAUGACUUUAUGGGGUCUCUAUCAUUUGGUGUUUCCGAAGUCAUGAAAUCUCCAGUAAAUGGUUGGUUCAAGCUACUGACUGCAGAAGAGGGAGAAUUCUAUAACGUUCCAGUGCCAUCAGAGGACACUGACAUUGUAGAGUUGAAAAAGAAAAUGAAGAGCCACACUUUCCACCAGAAGUCCCAGAGCACUGAAAAACUCCAAAAUAACAUUGCCCCCCAGCAAUCCGUGGGUCGGCAGGAAGUGGUGCGUGUAUCGGACUUUAAUUUUCUAAUGGUUCUGGGAAAAGGAAGUUUCGGAAAGGUGAUGCUAGUGGAAAAGAAAAGCACAUCUGAGCUCUUUGGAGUAAAGAUCUUGAAAAAAGACGUCAUUAUCCAGGAUGACGACAUUGAAUGUACAAUGAUUGAGAAGAGAGUGUUGGCUCUUAGUAACAAACCCCCCUUUCUGGUUCAUCUUCAUUCUUGCUUUCAGACUCAGGAUCGUCUCUAUUUUGUAAUGGAAUAUGUGAGUGGAGGAGACCUAAUGUUUCAGAUCCAACAGGCUGGGAAGUUUAGAGAACCAAUAGCUGUGUUUUAUGCUGCGGAAAUCGCUAUUGGAUUAUUCUUCCUGCACAGUCAAGGUAUUAUUUACAG